AGGAUGUGGCACAACUUGAACUUCCAUACAGAGUGCUGGUGAGAGUGCAAAUUGGUUCGUUACCUUGGAAAACUGGCAGUAUUUACUAAAGUAUUUAAACAUACAGUAUGCCUGCCCUGUGACCAACUAAUUUUCAUACCCAACAGAAAUGAGAACUUAGGUCAAAAGUCCUCAAAACACAUUUAUUAGAAUGUUCAUGGCAACUUUAUUUGUAAUAACAAAAAAUUUGAAAUAAUCCAAGUGAACAUCAACAAUAGAAUGGAUACAUGAAUUAUGAUUUAAGCAUAUAAUGGAAUAUAACACAGCAAUGAAAACAACUGCUGUACCACUCAACAACAUAGACAGAUCUCAUUACAAAACAGGCACAGAAGAGUAAUUAUAUUUAUGAUAAGUUUAAGAAUAGGCCAAACUAAUCUACUGAUAGAAGUCUGAAUAGUGGUUAUCUCUGGGGUUGGGGAGUAAUUGGGGUAGGGCAAGAGGGAGCCUUCUGGAGUAUUAGAAAUACUGGUAUGUAGGGCGGCGCCUGUGGCUCAGAGGGGUAGGGCGCCAGUCCCAUAUGCUGGAGGUGGCGGGUUCAAACCCAGCCCAGGCCAGAAACUGCAAAAAAAAAAAAAAAAAAGAAAUACUGGUAUGUAGCUGGGCGCAGUGGCUCACGCCUGUAAUCCUAGCACUCUUGGAGGCUGAGGCGGGUGGAUUGCUUGAGCUCAUGAGUUUGAGACCGGCCUGAGCAAAAGCAAGACCCCCAUCUCUACUAAAAUUAGAAAAACUGAGGCAAGAGGAUUGCUUGAGCCCAAGAGAUGGAGGUUGCUGUAAGCUUUGAUGCCAUGGCAUUCUACUGAGGGCAAAAAGCUUGAGACUGUCUCAAAAAAAAAAAAAUAAUAAUAAUAAUGAUAAAGAAAGAAAAAAGAAAUACCGGCAUGUGUCUAUCAUGAUUGGGUGGUGGUUACACAGGUGUAUACAGGUAUACAAAUUAAUUAUGCUUUACAGUUAAGAUUUAUGCUCUUUACUGUGUGUAACUUAUACCUCAAUUUACAAAGCAAAAAAGAGGAAUCAAUGUAGAGAUACCCCUGUAAGCAACCUCAGGGGAUGUUCCUUCCUGGGAGAGAGUCAGGAGGAGAGGACAGGCACAGGCAUCUCAGUCUGGGGGGAAGAAGUCACUAAACCAGUGGCAGAUGCAUCAUCGUUAGGCCCAGCCUUGCCUGUUUCUAGAUCCUUGUAUUGCUGAGCCCCAUCUCAAGGGCCCAUCUCCAAAGUAUGCCAAAACCAGUGGAGAAAGAAUUCUUGAAGGUAUGGUGGUUCCUAAGCCUCUUCCCUUCUCCUCAGUAUUACUUGGCACAAUGGUGUGGACACAGCAGGUAUUUUUUUUUUUUAAGAGACAGAGUUCCAUUAUGUCACCCUCAGUAGAGUGCCAUGGCGUCAUCUCACAGCAACCUCCAGCUCUUGGGCUUAGGUGAUUCUCUUGCCUCAGCCUCCCAAGUAGCUGGGACUACAGGCACCCGCCACAACGCCCGGCUAUAUUUUGUUGCGGUUUGGCUGGGGCUGGGUUCAAACCUGCCACCCUCCGUAUAUGGGGCCGGCACCCUACUCACUGAGCCACAGGCACUGCCCGACAAAGUAGGUGUUUAAUAAAUGUAUGCUGAAUAGCUCAAUGCAAGAAUGAACUAGAUAGAUGCCUCGUGGAUCUUUUCACUUGGAGAAAUGCACAUGCUUUGCCUGUAGGCUGUUGCCUCUUGGCACCAAAAGUGGUGAAUGGGAUGAUUUUGCAGCCCCUCAAAAGAGGUGGGGACUUCUCAUCCAACUCAGCCCUGGUGAAGGUGUCCCUGCUGCAACCAGCUCGGGAAAGGGUGGGCAGGUAGCUGAGAAAAUAAAGGCAUGGGGCUGAAAAUCAAGAAACUGGGUUCAAAUCUGGCCCUGUUGCUUUGCAGCAAUGUGGCCCUUAGACAAGUUACUUUACUUCUCUGGUGGUCUCAACUUCAACAUUUAUAAAAUGGGGCAUUUUGCCUGCCUCCAAGGAUGGGAGGGCGAAGAAUGUUUUGGUAGUUGCAAAGCUCAGAGAAGUGGCUUAUCAGGAUUCCUGACUGGGAACCCGGGGCACUGCAUUGGCCUUGCUGCUGAGGAGGUCUCUACUGGUGGACCCGGAUGGGCCAAGGGGCAGAGCUCAGUCAGGUCAGAGACCUCCCCUCUCCUGCAGCCUUCUUCCAUGUCAGUGGAUCUGCAGGGAGACAGCUCCUUACAGGUGGAGAUCUCUGAUGCAGUGAGUGAGCGGGACAAGGUGAAAUUCACUGUUCAAACCAAGAGCUGCCUCCCGCACUUUGCCCAGACCGAGUUCUCAGUUGUGCGGCAGCAUGAGGAAUUCAUCUGGCUACACGACGCCUAUGUGGAAAACGAGGAAUACGCAGGCCUCAUUAUCCCCCCAGCCCCUCCAAGGCCAGACUUUGAGGCUUCCCGGGAAAAGCUGCAGAAGUUGGGCGAGGGGGACAGCUCCAUCACUCGUGAGGAGUUUGCCAAAAUGAAGCAGGAACUAGAAGCGGAGUACCUGGCUAUCUUUAAGAAGACGGUGGCGAUGCAUGAAGUCUUUCUGCAGCGUCUGGCAGCCCACCCUACCCUGCGUCGAGACCACAACUUCUUUGUCUUUUUGGAAUAUGGACAGGAUCUGAGUGUCCGAGGAAAGAACAGGAAGGAGCUCCUCGGGGGCUUUCUGAGGAAUAUUGUGAAAUCUGCAGAUGAAGCCCUCAUCACUGGCAUGUCAGGACUCAAGGAAGUGGAUGACUUCUUUGAACAUGAGAGGACCUUCCUGCUGGAGUACCAUACCCGGAUCCGAGAUGCCUGCCUGCGGGCUGAUCGUGUCAUGCGCUCCCACAAGUGCCUGGCAGACGAUUUUAUCCCUAUCUCAGCUGCACUGAGCAGUCUGGGAACACAGGAAGUCAACCAACUAAAGACGAGCUUCCUCAAACUGGCGGAGCUCUUUGAACGACUGAGGAAGCUGGAGGGCCGGGUGGCCUCUGACGAGGACCUGAAGCUGUCAGACAUGCUGAGAUACUACAUGCGAGACUCACAGGCAGCCAAGGACCUGCUGUAUCGGCGGCUGCGGGCACUGGCUGACUACGAGAAUGCCAACAAGGCCCUGGACAAGGCGCGCACCAGGAACCGGGAGGUGCGGCCUGCCGAGAGCUACCAGCAGCUGUGCUGCCAACGCUUUGAACGUCUCUCUGACUCUGCCAAGCAGGAACUCAUGGAUUUCAAGUCCCGCCGCGUUUCCUCUUUCCGCAAGAACCUCAUUGAGUUGGCAGAGCUGGAGCUCAAACAUGCCAAGGUAAACCCUCUUCACCUCCCUUCUCCAGACCCAGAAAAGCAGCCCCCAACCGAGGCUCAGGGUAUUUUACCAUCUUGGGCCAGGACUCCUCCCAUCUCUUCAUUGGUGGGAAGCACCAAUAAAUGACAACUGUUAUUUCAGGGUAGGGGAAUGGGGAGGGAGAGGGCUGAGCUAUCUAAGGUGGAAAAGACAGCACCCAGUAUCAGGAUGCAGGGAUUUCAAGGCCCUCUUUCCUCUACAGACCAGCACCUUGCUUCUCCGGAACACCCUUGUUGCCCUAAAGGGGGAGCCUUAGAGCAGCCCAAACCUGCUCUGGGACCUUCAGUGACAAGGGCUCUCCCAGGCCUCCCUCCCCAGCAAGAUGCCUCCUUCCCUACCACAGCAGCCACUAGCCUUGCCCUCACCCCACCUGUGUCCUUCCAGGGUAAGCAUGAGCCUCACCCCUCACAAAGUUGCUAGGCUCUGCAAGAGGAAGAGACAGGGCAGCAUGGGUACCACACUUGGCCACAGGUCAGUGGAACCCCAGGAGGCUCAAAACAGCCUCUAAAAUCCCCUCUGGCCUUGAAGAAGUAGCUCAUUUGCUCAGCCAGCCUGUUCUUCACAAAUAAAGAGCCUGGUUUUACAGAAAGGGGGUCUGCUCUUCCUUUUCUCACAGCUAAGGGGCCCACAGAACACACUCUGCCAGGGAAUUGUGAAGACCAGGUCCUGGGGAUACAAAGCAGGGGACCCCUUGUAGUACACUCAGCCCUUUCUCCAGUGGCAGCAGACUUACCAGGGGAAGGUGCAAUUUUUGGAACCCUCAAAUAGUUCACAAGGUUUGCCCCACCCCCUUAAAACCUAACAAACUGCAUAUUUAAUAACCCUGGCCGGCUCAUGCCGAGAUGGGUGGAUGGCCUAAGCUCAUGAGUUCAAGACCAGACUAAGAUAGAGACACCUCCCCCACACCAUCUCUAAAAACAAUAGCUGGGUGUUGUCCAGGGUGGGGGCACCAGCCACAUGCAUUGGGGCAGGUGGGUUUGAA